GUGGCUAUCUAAAGAACUUUUAACUGAGUUAAGAUUUAAAAAGGAUGUGUACAAAAAAUGGAAAAGGGGGGAAACCACCAAAGAGGAAUUCAAACAAAUAGCCAGCACGUGUAGACACAAAGUCAGAAAAGCUAAAGCACAGAAUGAACUCAGGCUUGCUAGAGAGGUUAAAAGCAACAAAAAAGGCUUUUAUGGGUAUGUUCGUAGCAAAAGGAAGAACAAAGAAACAGUGGGGUCACUCAGAGGAGAAGAUGGUGAAAUGCAAACAGGGGACACAGAAAGGGCUGAACUCCUCAAUGCCUUCUUUGCCUCAGUCUUCUCCGAUAAGGAAAACAAUGCCCGACCUGAAGAAUUUGGAGCAAAUGAUUCAGCAGAGGAAACACGGCCCAGAAUAACUAAGGAGAUAGUACAAGAAUACUUGGCUAGUUUAGAUGUAUUCAAGUCUCCAGGGCCAGAUGAACUGCAUCCAAGAGUAUUAAAAGAACUGGCAGAUGUGAUCUCAGAACCACUGGCAGUCAUCUUUGAGAAUUCCUGGAGAACAGGCGAAGUCCCGGUAGACUGGAGGAGGGCAAAUGUUGUCCCUAUUUUCAAAAAGGGGAAAAGAGAGGACCCAAAUAAUUACCGCCCAGUCAGUCUGACAUCAAUACCAGGGAAGAUUCUGGAGCAGAUCAUUAAGCAAACAGUCUGUGAGCACCUAGAAAGGAAUGCUGUGAUCACCAAUAGUCAGCAUGGAUUUCUGAAAAAUAAGUCAUGUCAGACUAACCUGAUCUCAUUUUUUGACAGAAUUACAAGCCUGGUAAAUGAAGGGAACGCAGUGGAUGUAGCCUACCUUGAUUUCAGCAAGGCAUUUGACAAGGUGCCCCAUGAUAUUCCUGUAAAGAAGCUGGUAAAAUGCGGUCUUGACUAUGCUACCACUCAGUGGAUUUGUAACUGGCUGACUGACCGAACCCAAAGGGUCUCAUCAAUGGUUCCUCUUCAUCCUGGAGAAGAGUGACUAGUGGGGUGCCACAGGGAUCUGUCUUGGGCCCAGUCUUAUUCAACAUCUUUAUCAACGACUUAGAUGAUGGACUCAAGGGCAUCCUGAUCAAAUUUGCAGAUGACACCAAACUGGGAGGGGUGGCUAACACCCCAGAGGACAGGAUCACACUUCAAAACGACCUUGACAGAUUAGAGAACUGGGCCAAAACAAACAAGAUGAAUUUUAACAGGGAGAAAUGUAAAGUAUUGCACUUGGGCAAAAAAAAUGAGAGGCACAAAUACAAGAUGGGUGACACCUGGCUUGAGAGCAGUACAUGUGAAAAGGAUCUAGGAGUCUUGGUUGACCACAAACUUGACAUGAGCCAACAGUGUGACGCGGCAGCUAAAAAAGCCAAUGCAAUUCUGGGCUGCAUCAAUAGGAGUAUAGCAUCUAGAUCAAGGGAAGUAAUAGUGCCACUGUAUUCUGCUCUGGUCAGACCUCACCUGGAGUACUGUGUCCAGUUCUGGGCACCACAGUUCAAGAAGGACACUGAGAAACUGGAACGUGUCCAGAGGAGGGCAACCAAAAUGGUCAAAGGGCUGGAAAUGAUGCCUUAUGAGGAACGGCUAAGGGAGCUGGGCAUGUUUAGCCUGGAGAAGAGAAGGUUAAGGGGUGAUAUGAUAGCCAUGUUCAAAUAUAUAAAAGGAUGUCACAUAGAGGAGGGAGAAAGGUUGUUUUCUGCUGCUCCAGAGAAGCGGACACGGAGCAAUGGAUCCAAACUGCAGGAAAGAAGAUUCCACCUAAACAUUAGGAAGAACUUCCUGACAGUAAGAGCUGUUCGACAGUGGAAUUUGCUGCCAAGGAGUGUGGUGGAGUCUCCUUCUUUGGAGGUCUUUAAGCAGAGGCUUGACAACCAUAUGUCAGGAGUGCUCUGAUGGUGUUUCCUGCUUGGCAGGGGGUUGGACUCGAUGGCCCUUGUGGUCUUUUCCAACUCUAUGAUUCUAUGAU